GGAAAGGAAGAAAGGCACUGUAGGGAAUAUCUGUCUUCUCUUCUCUGACGUCUUUCCCUUUUCUCUUCUUCUUUUCUCUCUUCGCGUCUUCACCCUCACGCUCCUCCCACCUUGCUUGCUUGCUUGCUUGAUUUUUGGUUGAUGGGAGCACUGUACGUCACGGACGGUCGAGUUUGUUUACUUUGAUUCCGCUGUACCUUUUCACCUUAUAAUCUUGCUUUCUUUUUUUCUUGACGUCGAGGGAGAGAAGGAGAGAGGAAGAGAACUGAUCCUUGUUCCCGAUCCUUUCCCUUUUUUGUUGUUGCUUUAUUUCCUGUUCUGAGAGCAAGACAGACGGGCAGAUAGUUGCGGUAUUCCAAAGCCGUCCUCUACUGCAUUACCUACCGUACACCAUACAGUAAAAGCAAAAAAAGGAAACCUGCCCGGAGCUCUCUCCCCCUCUUCUGGCUACGUAAUCUUUUACCCCAUACUUUACACUGCACUAUUACCUGUUACCCACUUGCUACUGCUGCUACUGCUGCCACCACUACACCACCACCACACUACACUACACACACCAUUACUACCGGCACUACUACUCGAGUACGGUCGACUGCUACGGUACGGUACUGCUCCUCCGGCAUACACGUUUUCCAUACUUAUUAUUCAUGCCAGCGACGACAACGCCCCCCAUACACGUACAUAACAGCGACAACAUCAACGAUGGACAAACUCCCCCUGGAAACCGCCCGCCACAUCGUUAGCUACCUCACAAAACGCACAGACGUAGCCUCACUCCGCCUCGUUUCUAGGACCUUUGCGAUCCUGGGUGCAGAGCUCCUCUUUCACACCAUCUCCUUCCACCCCUCCUACCCAAGCCUCACCCGGCUCUGCAAGAUUUCCCAGCGCCCGCAUUUGGCCCACAACGUUCGCGAGCUCGUUCUCAACCUGCCACCCAUCCGGGACUUGAUCUGGGGACCUUUCGUCCGGCAUUUGGAGGCCGAGGGCAUCGACAUCUCCGGCAGCACUCAGAGGAUACAGGAGGCGUUUCGGUUGCUCACGUACCAUGUCGAUCAGUACUCCAAGUUGCAAACUUCUGGGGACUUGGCGAGUAUGCUGGGAGAGGCGGUGAGGGGGCUUCCGCGGUUGAGGGGUGUAUUGAUGAAGGAAAAUAACGAACGGGAUAGGGAUUACUGGCUUAGUCAGAGUAGUCUAACGCUGGGGUGUAACGGGGGGUUUAAUUACCGGAUUGAGUUGUCGGCGGAAUUGCAUGGCUAUUCCGGUUCGAAGGACCAUUAUAGGGCUUUCGCCGCACUGUUGGACGCCGUGUAUUACGCCGGGUGUAAGUUGGAUACCUUUUACGUCGACGCGAAGGUCGACCCAAGGAUGUUCUUUGAUAAUACAGUGAGGUUGGAACGCGCUGGUGCUGUUUUCCAGAACUGCCGAGUGCUCGGGUUGAAGAUGGAUAUUGAGGACUCCAUGGUAGAAUAUCUCAUCAAGACCCCGUUAUUCAACGUUAUCCUCCCCUCGAGCCCGAACUUGCAGAGCCUCACGCUACAAUUCGGCAUCUCCUGCGCGAGGGAGGCGAUCCCGCUAUCUACAAUCUUCGGCUCAAAACAUGUCUGGCCGCGCCUGCAAAAGGUCAGCUUCAGCUUCAUUGACAUGGAGGAUCAGGAAUUAUAUGCCUUUUUGCUACGGCAUAAGAACACCCUGCGGGAACUUUCCUUUUCAAUGUGCUCCCUGUAUGCCGGUAGAUGGGACGAUGCGAUGAUGUUUUUGCGCCAGAACCUGGGCUUGGUAGCGCUGAGACUCGAUCCCUUGUUCGAGCUCGCGGGCGAAUUUGAUUAUCUAUGUGAGAGCGAGCUCAAGAUGAUGGAGGAUUACGUGGUCAAUGGUGGAAAGUGUUUGCCACCGAGGGAAGAUUAGACAGGAGGAUGGUCGUUACAUUCGGAACGAGGCAAUCCUUAAUCAUUAGACAAGAGCGAGAGUGGAAGAGUAUGUGUUAGGGGGAGUGUUUUGUGACAUUUGUACUUUAUAUUUCCUGAUUUGUUUUCUAGGUAUCUUCUCUGGCGGUUGCUUGGUUGUUGUCUUGUUUUCCCGUCGUUUUAGUUUCCUCCCCUAUUUCCGGGUUCGUGCAUCUCUCCUUCACAGGUUGUUUAUUUGAUUAUUUGGGGUUGUAUGGUAGGACACCGUUUUUUUGAUAGACUAAUGGCUGCUAUGAAUAAUGUUAGCAACACUUGUUAGCCA